UAUGGUUUGGUCUGCUCGUUUCGAGUGACGUGGCUCGAAUGACGGCUGCACCUGUUUCAUUUAACAUGCUAAGUAUGAUUGCACUUCAAGAUCAAACAAUGAUUUGAAAAAGGUUAAAGAACUGUGGAUAUUAUUUUCCCUUCAGUUAGUAAGGUAGUUCGCUUCGAUCGAACGAUACAACUUUUCGUAGCAACAUGACGACUUACGAAGAGUUUAUCCAACAAAAUGAGGACCGCGAUGGUGUACGAUUUACAUGGAACGUUUGGCCCUCGUCACGUGUCGAGGCUACAAGAUUGGUCGUACCUUUGGGAACUCUGUAUCAGCCCAUUAAGGAAAGACUGGAUCUUCCACCCAUUCAGUAUGACCCGGUCCCAUGUACAAGAUCUACUUGUAGAGCAAUAUUAAAUCCACUUUGCCAAGUAGACUAUCGUGCCAAACUGUGGGUCUGUAAUUUUUGUUUCCAAAGGAACCCUUUUCCCCCUCAGUAUGCAGCUAUUUCAGAGCAGCAUCAGCCAGCUGAACUUAUUCCUAUGUUUUCUACAAUUGAAUAUACUAUAACGAGAGCUCAAUGUUUACCACCGAUUUUUUUGCUAGUCGUGGAUACAUGUCUAGAUGAAGAUGAACUCGGCGCUCUCAAGGACUCUCUUCAAAUGUCCUUAUCCUUACUUCCACCUAACGCACUUAUUGGUCUCAUCACUUUUGGGAAGAUGGUACAAGUUCAUGAAUUAGGUUGUGAAGGGUGUAGUAAAAGUUACGUAUUUAGAGGCACUAAGGAUCUUCAGCCGAAACAAGUACAAGAUAUGUUAGGAAUUGGAAGACUCAUUCCUGGACAAAAUCCAAACCAACCGCAUGGCCCUGGAGGUCAGCCUCUACCACCAGCUAAUCGAUUUUUACAGCCCGUGCAUAAGUGUGAUAUGAGUUUAACCGAUUUAUUGGGAGAACUACAACGUGACCCAUGGCCUGUUGGCCCUGGAAAGCGUCCUCUUAGGUCAACGGGUGUUGCUUUGGCAGUUGCUACAGGUUUAUUAGAAGCAAGCUAUGCCAACACAGGAGCCAGAGUAAUGCUGUUUGUUGGUGGUCCAUGUUCUCAAGGCCCUGGUCAGGUUGUUACCGAUGAACUCAAACAACCGAUUAGGUCGCAUCAUGACAUUCACAAGGAUAAUGCUAAACAUAUGAAAAAAGCUAUUAAGCACUACGAUAGUUUAGCAGCACGAGCUGCUGCUAAUGGACAUAUUAUAGAUAUUUACUCAUGUGCUCUAGAUCAAACGGGUCUAUUAGAAAUGCGGCAAUGUUGUAAUUCUACAGGUGGUCAUAUGGUUAUGGGUGAUUCGUUCAAUUCAUCUCUGUUUAAACAAACUUUCCAACGGGUAUUUGCUAAGGAUCCAAAAGGCGAUUUAAAGAUGGCAUUUAAUGCUACUCUUGAAGUAAAAACGUCAAGAGAAAUUAAGGUUUCCGGUGCUAUUGGACCAUGUGUGUCACUUGGUGUGAAAGGACCCAGUGUCGGAGAGCAAGAAGUUGGUCUUGGGGGAACAUCUCAAUGGAAAUUCUGUGCCUUGAUGCCUUCGACCACUACGGCACUGUUCUUCGAAGUUGUGAAUCAACAUGCGGCGCCUAUUCCUCAAGGUGGUAGAGGAUGCAUUCAAUUCAUUACACAAUAUCAACAUAGUAGUGGACAAAGGCGAAUUAGAGUUACUACCAUUGCUAGAAAUUGGGCUGACGCUUCAACCUCUUUGCAUCAUAUUAAUGCUGGAUUUGAUCAAGAGGCGGCAGCAGUGCUUAUGUCUCGUUUGGCAGUAUUUAGAGCCGAGACAGAUGAUGGCCCAGAUAUUAUCAGAUGGGUUGACAGGAUGCUUAUUAGACUUUGUCAAAAGGUUGGCGAAUACGGAAAGGACGAUCCCAACAGUUUCAGGCUUGCGGAAAACUUUUCCUUGUACCCUCAAUUUAUGUAUCACCUGCGUAGAUCACAGUUUCUUCAAGUAUUUAAUAAUUCGCCAGAUGAGACCAGUUUCUAUAGGCACAUGUUGAUGCGGGAAGAUUUGACAAAUUCCUUAAUAAUGGUACAGCCGAUCCUGUACAGUUAUGGGUUUAAUGGCCCACCGGAACCUGUUUUAUUAGAUACAUCUUCGAUCCAGCCUGACCGAAUCUUACUUAUGGAUACAUUUUUCCAAAUACUCAUAUUCCAUGGAGAGACUAUAGCACAAUGGCGUCAGUUAAAAUAUCAGGAUCUUCCUGAAUAUGAAAACUUCCGACAACUAUUGGCAGCACCAGUUGACGAUGCUGCUGAAAUAUUAACUGGCAGGUUUCCAGCACCUAGAUAUAUCGAUACGGAACAGGGUGGUUCGCAAGCUAGGUUCUUGUUAAGCAAGGUCAAUCCUAGUCAGACCCAUAACAAUAUGUAUGCCUAUGGAGCGGGGAUGCAGUUAUUCAAUGGGGAAAGUGGAGCACCUGUCUUAACCGAUGAUGUCAGUCUACAAGUAUUCAUGGAGCAUCUGAAGAAACUUGCUGUAUCGUCAACAGCUUAGGUCAUAAGCAAUAAUUAUACAUAUAAUGUUAAUUGACUUUUAUAUAUUAUACAAACUGUAAUUUAUAAACAAAAAAGAUAGUGGCAUAUAUAAAGGAAAAGAAAAGUAUAUUUAAAAUGCAGUAAGAUAUCAUGCAAUUGCGACGUACCACAGUGCAUUUUUUUCGUUAUUGUAAGUACACUCCUAAUGCUUAUUGUAACGAAAAUAUAACUACAUGUCAACCA